AUGGCUUGGGCCGCCCUCGGGAGACCUGCGGCGGCGUGUGCCACAGUGGCCGCUGCAACCACCCUCUCCUGGCUGCGCCGCCGCGCCCCGGCGGCCGUGACGCAGGAGUCCCCGGCGCUUGUGCUGGACAGCCCCGCAGUGGGCCCGCCUUGGGAACACAUGUCUUUUUUGGACGCACACGUGGGGGAGUGGAAGGUGGAAUCUAGCAACUUUCCGAAGCCGGGCACGGUGGCGCGUCCGACGGACGGACCCAAGGUGCAGGUGCUGCGACUGGGCUCCUCCUAUUUACCGGACGCAACGGGCGGCUGCCCAACACCUUUUAUGCGUGUUGUUGGCUUCUUUCCUGACGCCCUUCCGGAGGAAGUCUUCAAGUUCAUGACGGAUCUCCAACUGCGGCGAAAGUGGGAUCGCAAUUAUCACAUGUUUUGCAAGUGGGAUCCACCCGCACGGUCGAGCGCGCCGGAAUCUUUGACGGCGGUGAAGCGGCCAAUCGAAAUGGUUGCGAAGAAGACGCCAAUUUGCAGUGACGACACUUGCCUCUUGGUACCUGAUAUUGCGGAAGUUGUUCUUGAACAUGGGUGGUUUGCGCAUCGUGUUGGCCACGCGCUUCUUGAACGAUUUGGCAUCGCCGACCGCCUUUUUGCCUAUGAGCGCCGCUCUGUCUGCUACACAAGGCCGGACUGUGCUGCGAGCCCACUGAAGCUGUACGACGUACUCUAUAGUGGCAGUGGUGAGGCUGUCGAGAAGGCGGCUGGGCAGUCUGAGCCGUUUGCUUCGUGGCUACAUUCGUGCGAAAGCGAGCAGGAGGCUACUCGCGUCAGUGUAAACUAUCAACAUAUUUUGAUUCUUCCUAUCGCGGAUGCGGCAGUGCAGCUGUGGGCCGAUCCGUUGCGCUUCUCUUUCGGUGGGAGCAUGGUGGAUAGGAAGACGACACGGGCCAUAUACGACACAUUCAUGAACAGUGUGCGCCUUCACGAGGAGACAAAGCGGUUGGAUGGGACGCUUAUGAUCAUGACGUCCGCCAACGACGUGCAGAUGCCUAGCGGGGUUCCAAUGUGGGCUCAACGCAUGCUUGCCGCAUUUUUCUCCAAUUAUGCGCAACGUGAAAUGUUAAAAGCGAUACGGGAGUAUAGGAGUACAAAUUAA